GCGAGCCGGGCUCCGCUGGGAUGCGAUAAGGGCGCGGGCACCGAGCGCGCUGCCCCCCGUACCCCCUUCGCCGCCCGCUCCUCGCCCCGCGGAGCGCGGCCCUCUCCUGAGGGAAUGAAACUUUAACAGGAAGUCUGUUUUAAAGCCUGCCUGACAGCACGAGAGGCCAAGUGUGGAAGCAAUGCCCUGAUGAAAAGACCCUGACAUCCCUUUCUUUCUUUCUUUCUCAGCAGUCACAACAUCUUGUGAUGGAAGAUGGAAGACAAAGGGGCCCGUGUUGCCGACUACUUUGUCGUGGCAGGACUGACGGACAUCUCCAAACCGCUGGAGGAGGAAAUCCACUUCAACGACGCCUGCCAUAAAAUAGCCAAGCCAAAAGAGCCCAUCACAGAUGUAACAGUGCUUAAUAAAUCCCUGGGGGAGGAAGUUCCCCAGGGAUACAAGUGCAUAGAUGUCACUCCCUCAGGCCUGUCUGCAGAUCUCAACAACGGCAGCCUGGUAGGACCGCAGAUAUACCUUUGUUAUCGCCGAGGAAGGGACAAACCCCCACUUACUGAUUUGGGGGUUUUGUAUGAUGGGAAAGAGAGAGUGAAGCAAGGCUGUGAAAUAAUCCAGACCACUCCCUACGGCCGUCCUGCCAACAUCAGCGGCAGCGCCUCGUCCCAGCGCGUCUUCCUCACCUACCGCAGGGCCGCCGACAACAUGACCCAGAACGCGCUGGCCGUCACAGACAUCUGCAUCAUCAUCCCCAGCAAGGGGGAGACCCCUCCACACACCUUCUGCAAGGUCGACAAGAACCUUAACAACAGCAUGUGGGGCUCAGCAGUCUAUUUAUGUUACAAAAAGUCUGUGGCAAAAACCAACACCAUAUCAUACAAAGCUGGUUUGAUAUGCAGAUACCCUGAAGAAGAUUAUGAAUCAUUCCCAUUACCAGAAUCUGUGCCUCUUUUUUGCCUGCCUAUGGGUGCAACCAUUGAAUGUUGGCCAUCAAACAGUAAAUACCCCCUCCCAGUUUUUUCUACCUUUGUACUAACUGGAGCUUCUGCAGAAAAGGUCUACGGUGCUGCUAUCCAGUUUUAUGAGCUGUAUCCUGAAGAAAACCUCACAGAGAAACAAAGAUCUCAGCUGGGCUUGGCAGCUGCUGCUGAGGGCAAGUCAGACCCGUGCAGGACAGUGCAGACAAACAAGUGCAUCUGCCUGCUGUCCCACUGGCCUUUCUUCGAUGCUUUCAAGAAGUUCCUCACCUUCCUGUAUCGUUACUCCAUUUCUGGGCCACACGUCCUUCCCAUUGAAAAGCAUAUUUCCCAUUUCAUGCAUAAAGUUCCUUUUCCAUCCCCUCAAAGGCCAAGAAUUCUAGUUCAGCUGUCUCCACACGAUAACCUGAUCCUCAGCCAACCUGUGUCAUCACCCCUCCCACUGAGUGGAGGCAAGUUUUCUACACUACUGCAGAACCUGGGACCUGAGAAUGCAGUGACUCUGCUCGUGUUUGCUGUGACAGAACAUAAAAUCCUCAUCCACUCCCUGCGACCUUCUGUCCUCACCAGUGUCACAGAGGCAUUAGUCUCUAUGAUCUUCCCCUUCCACUGGCCCUGCCCCUACAUCCCUCUCUGUCCCCUGGCACUGGCAGAUGUGUUAAGUGCCCCCUGCCCCUUCAUAGUGGGAAUUGAUUCAAGAUACUUUGACCUCUAUGACCCCCCUCCAGAUGUGAGCUGCGUUGACCUGGACACCAACACAAUUUCUCAAACCGGAGACAAGAAAACUAUUGCAUGGAAGAUCCUACCAAAGAAACCUUGUAAAAACCUGAUGAACACUUUAAACACUUUGUAUCAGCAACUGGCAGAAUUGCAACAGCGACCGAGAGAAGAUGCAUUAAUGGAAUUGGCAAUGAAUGACUAUGAUUUUAAUUCUGGGAAGAAGCUGCAUCUGUUGGAUUUGGAGAUCCAGGAAGCAUUUCUGUGUUUCAUGGCUUCAAUCCUGAAAGGUUACAGGUCCUAUCUCAGGCCAAUAACGGAGGCGCCCUCGGAAACAGCCACAGAUGCAAGUUCUCUCUUUGAACUGCAAGGUUUCCUCAAGAGUCGGGACCGUUCCCAUCAGAAGUUUUACACCCUGAUGACCAAAACGCAGAUGUUCAUUCGCUUCAUCGAGGAGUGUUCCUUUGUCAGCGACAAGGACGCCAGCCUGGCCUUCUUCGAUGACUGUGUGGAUAAAGUGGACGCGGACAGGAGUGGGGAGACGCGGCUGAUUGAGCUGGACGAGUCCUACAAGAGCGAGCACACGGUGUUCAUCACCCCCCCAGAGAUCCCCCCCCUGCCCAACGGGGAGGAGCACCCUCUGCAGUACAGCUAUAAUGGGUUUCCAGUCCUGAAACUAGAGCUGUUUGAACGACCUGAAGGGUUUCUCACAGCACCCAAUAACAAACUGUCCUCAAAAGCCAGCAGCCCCAACAGCCCCUCUCCAAUGUUCAGGAGAACUAAACAGGAAAUCAAAUCUGCACACAAGAUUGCCAAGAAGUACUCGUCCAUCCCCCAGAUGUGGUCCAGGUGUUUGCUGCGUCACUGCUACGGCCUUUGGUUCAUCUGCCUGCCUGCCUACGUCAAAGUCUGCCACUCCAAAGUCAGGGCUCUGAGAACUGCCUAUGAUGUGCUGCAGAAAAUGCACACCAAAAAAAUAGACCCACCUGAUGAGGUGUGCUACCGGGUCCUCAUGCAGCUCUGCGGGCAGUAUGGGCAGCCUGUGCUGGCUGUCAGGGUGCUCUUUGAGAUGCAGAAGGCUGGCAUUGACCCCAAUGCCAUCACUUACGGCUACUACAAUAAGGCUGUUCUGGAGAGCACCUGGCCUUCCAGCAAUCGAGGGGGCUACUUCCUGUGGAUGAAAAUCCGGAACGUUGUCUUAGGAAUAGCACAAUUUAAAAAAGCAUUGAAAAAGCUGCCAGCCAGCACUGCACAUACACAUCCUGGGGGACUUUCAGACACUGGCAAUAACACAUCAUCCAGAGAAGAAGCCAAGCAAGGCAAAACUUGUCUUCAAGACAUCCAAGAACAAAAGGAGGACAAGAGAGAGAGUGACUCCAGUUCUUUGUCUGAGGUGGAGAGCACAAAGGGCAGUGGUGACUGCCUGCCCAGGCUGAACUACCACAGCUCCAGCCAGGACAAAGCCACGUCCAGCAUCGUGCGGCUCAACGGCACCGUCGACAAUCCCAGGGCAGAGGGGAGCAGGGAGGGUUCUAUGGGAUUGCUGUUUACAUCAUCUUUUGAGGAUGCCAGUGAAGCAGAAGUUAUAAAAAGUAAAUCCUUAAGGAAGAGACAUAAAAGUGCAGUAGAGCCUGAUUUGAGGGAGAUCCCGUGGGAAAGCAGGAGCAGGACCCUGAGUGGGGAUGGCCUGGUGGGACUCAUGAUGAACAGAAUCAAUCAGGAAGCAAACCCUGGAGAAAUGGUCGAAAAACUGGGAGCUGAUGCCAAAAUCCUGUCCAGUGCAUUACAGAAAAGCAUAAGGCCCAAAACUCUAAAUAUCAGAAGUUCUUCUUUAGGAUCUAAGAGAGAAAGCCUGGAGAAAGAAUCCAGUGACGAAGAUGCGGCUUUUGAUUGCAGUUUCACAGAUAAAACAGAGUCUCCUGUUAUCUUUGAUCUGGAAGACCUGGAUGCAGAGCCAGAAACACCCACAGCACCUGCAGUGAAAUCCUCCAGUGAGAAAUCCAGCAGGCUGCAGAGGAAGAGCAGCUUCCCAGUAAAACCAAUUGAAAAGACAGAUGUUGAAACUGGCUUUGACCCACUGUCUCUGCUGGUUGCUGAGACAGAACAGCAGAAAGAGGAGGAGGAGGAGGAGGAUGAUAGAGGUGUUUCCACUCCCUCUGCAAGGAGAGAUUUGGCUGAGGAGAUCGUGAUGUACAUGAACAACAUGAGCAGCCCUCUGUCCAGUCGUGCCCCGAGCAUCGAGCUGCAGAAACCCUGCGAUGACAGAAAUGCAAAUAAGAAGAGCCCCACAAUUAUCCAGCCCUGUAGGAGGUCCAGCCUUCCCCCAAACUCCCCAAGGCCUCCCAGUCUUACCAAAUCCAAGAGUUACCAGGCAAAAAAUGAAGAAAGGCCAAGGGACAGGCUUUGGUCCUCCCCAGCUUAUUCCCCACACAGUCCAGCCAGGGAGCAGCCCCAGGACACAACCAGUGCAUUAACACUGGUGUCAUCGCCCUCCUUCAACUUGGACACUCUGUUAACACCCAAGUUUGAUGUCCUAAAAAGCAGCAUGUUUUCUGCUGGAAAAGGGGUUGCAGAGAAAGCAAGCAAGUGGUACUCCAAAUUUGCAAUGUAUGCUGCAUCCUCAAAGGAUCAAAAUUCAGACCGAGCAAGUGUUUCAUCUCUUGGAGCUCUGGACUCAGAAUCUACUUCUCUCACUGAUGAAGAUGUCUGCAAUGAUUUUGAAAGUGCUUCCCCUCAGGAGAAUGCCACCUCAGAAAUUAAGGGAAUUGGCCUCAGCAGGACAAGCCUGGAAAGCUCAGCUUCCCACGAUGGCUCAGCUAAACAAUUUGACCAGUGUGCAGGCUCUCUUUCCAAGUUCCCUUUACCUGACAAAUCAGAGUUGAUAUCUUCUUGCAGUACAAGCAGUACCAGCGUGUUCCAGAACUACGCCAUGGAGGUCCUCAUCUCCAGCUGCUCACGCUGUCGCACCUGUGACUGUUUGGUUCACGAUGAGGAAAUCAUGGCAGGCUGGACAGCAGAUGAUUCCAACCUCAACACCACCUGUCCCUUCUGUGGCAACUUAUUCCUGCCUUUCCUGAGCAUCGAAAUCCGAGACCUUCGGCGGCCGGGGCGGUAUUUCCUGAAGUCCAGCCCUUCUACAGAAAACAUGCAGGUCCCAUCCCUUUUUUCCAGUCAGAGUGGGAAGCCCUGUAACACCACAGCCUCUGUUGGCCUCACUACGUCUCUGAUGUCUGUUCAGGAGGACAUCAACUCAAACAGUAGCAAAUCUAAGCAGCAUGACAAUGUUUGUGCCAGAAGUAUCCAGAUCCCCUCAGGAAGAAGACAAAAUACCUCUGGUUCAGAAUGUCCAAGUCACCCUGUGGCAAGGAGCAUCAGUACUUUUGGUCCCUUGGAAGAAGAUGGGAAGGAAAACCAGAAGAUCAGCCAUAUCAUUCCUACUGGUAGCCUGCCUGCUACUUUGCAAGGACCAACAGAUUCCUUGGGCCUGGAAUGGCGCUUGCCUAGUCCUGAUCCUAUAACAGUUCCUUACCUCAGUCCUCUGGUGGUCUGGAAAGAGCUUGAAAGCUUACUUGAAAAUGAAGGGGAUCAUGCCAUAACAGUGGCAGACUUUGUAGAUCAUCAUCCCAUUGUGUUCUGGAACUUGGUCUGGUAUUUCAGGCGCUUGGACUUGCCCAGCAACUUACCAGGAUUAAUCCUUUCUUCUGAGCAUUGUAACAAGAACUCCAAGAUUCCACGGAACUGCAUGUCAGAGGACAGCAAAUACGUUCUUAUCCAGAUGCUCUGGGACAAUAUGAAGCUGCAUCAGGAUCCGAGGCAGCCUCUGUAUAUUUUGUGGAACGCUCAGAGUCAAAACCGCACUCUUUUGUUUGAGACCCAGAAGUACCCAAUGGUGCAGCUGUUGCAGAAGGAUGACGACUCCUUCAACCAGGAGCUCUUGAGGAGCAUGGUGAAGAGCAUCAAGAUGAACGACGUGUACGGCCCCAUGAGCCAGAUACUGGAGAGGCUGAACAAGUGGCCACAUAUUAAAAGGCAAAGGAGCCUUUACAGAGAAAUACUGUUUCUUUCACUUGUUGCCCUGGGAAGAGAUAACAUUGAUAUAGAUGCUUUUGACAGAGAGUACAAAAUGGCCUACGACCGACUCACCGCCAGCCAGGUGAAGAACACCCACAACUGCGACAGACCCCCCAGCACCGGCGUGAUGGAAUGCAGGAAGAUCUUUGGAGAGCCCUACCUUUAGAUGCUCCUGCCCAAAGAGGUGAUCUCUCUGCCCUGUGUACCUGUGUAAAAUAACCACUUCAGUCCCAAGGAACAUCUCAAUCUUCAGUGUCAGAGAAUGCGCCGGAGGCCUCGGGAAGUCGGGCCCGCCUGCGGUUGUGGAGAUGGACAGAGAGGAAAAAGGGCCACCUGUUACCGCCCUGUCCCUUGUCCUUUCUGCAGAUCCACGUGUAGAAAGGAAGGUUCUAAACAAAAAUCAGUUCUUUGACGUGGGACAGCAGAUUGCAGCUCCCUCAAAACAAAAA